CCACAACUCUCCGUCCAGCUGUCUUAACCACGGCUAACCAUGGCUGAAGGGGGGGAAGGCGAGGAUGAAAUCCAGUUCUUACGAACUGAUGAUGAGGUGGUGCUCCAGUGUUCCGCCACUAUUCACAAGGAGCAGCAGAAGCUAUGUCUGGCAGCCGAGGGCUUCGGAAACAGACUCUGCUUCCUGGAGUCUACCUCAAACUCUAAGAAUGUUCCGCCGGACCUGUCCAUCUGCACCUUCGUGCUGGAACAGUCGCUGUCAGUCCGGGCCCUGCAGGAGAUGCUGGCCAACACCGAGGAGAAAGCCGAAGGGCAAGUUGAUGUGGAAAAAUGGAAAUUCAUGAUGAAGACGGCCCAAGGAGGGGGCCACCGUACCCUGCUCUACGGACACGCAGUGCUGCUACGACACUCCUACAGUGGGAUGUACCUUUGCUGUUUGUCCACGUCACGAUCUUCAACGGAUAAACUGGCGUUUGAUGUUGGACUGCAAGAAGACACAACAGGUGAAGCCUGCUGGUGGACCAUUCAUCCCGCCUCCAAGCAGAGGUCAGAGGGCGAGAAGGUGCGUGUCGGAGACGACCUCAUCCUGGUCAGCGUCUCCUCAGAACGCUACCUGCAUUUGUCCUACGGGAACGGGAGCCUGCACGUGGACGCCGCCUUCCAGCAGACCCUCUGGAGCGUGGCGCCAAUCUGCUCCGGGAGCGAAGUCGCGCAAGGGUACCUGAUAGGCGGGGAUGUCCUGAGGCUGCUGCACGGUCACAUGGACGAGUGUCUGACCGUCCCGUCUGGAGAGCACGGGGAGGAGCAACGCAGGGCGGUGCACUACGAGGGGGGAGCCGUGUCCAUCCACGCCCGCUCCCUCUGGAGGCUGGAGACCCUGCGAGUUGCGUGGAGCGGGAGCCACACCCGCUGGGGGCAGCCCUUCCGCCUGAGACACGUCACCACCGGCAAGUACCUCAGUCUCCUGGACGACAAGGGCCUGCUGCUGACGGACAAGGAGAAGGCCGACGUCAAGUCCACAGCCUUCUGCUUCCGCUCCUCCAAGGAAAAGCUGGACUUCGGGGUGAGGAAAGAGGUGGACGGCAUGGGAGUUCCGGACAUAAAGUACGGGGACUCGGUGUGCUACAUCCAGCACGUGGACACCUGUCUGUGGCUGACGUACCAGGCGGUGGACGCCAAAUGCGCACGGAUGGGCGGUGUGCAGCGUAAGGCCAUCAUGCACCACGAGGGCCACAUGGACGACGGGCUGACACUGUCCCGCUCACAGCACGAGGAGUCCCGCACGGCCAGGGUCAUCCGCAGCACAGUCUUCCUCUUCAACCGCUUCAUCAGAGGCCUGGAUGCCCUGAGCAAAAAAGGGAAGACCUCAACGCUAGAUCUGCCAAUCGAGUCUGUCAGCCUGAGCCUGCAGGAUCUGAUUGGCUACUUCCAGCCGCCCGAUGAGCAUCUAGAACAUGAGGACAAGCAAAACAGGCUGCGGGCAUUGAAGAACAGACAGAAUCUCUUCCAGGAAGAGGGGAUGAUUAACUUGGUCCUGGAGUGUAUCGACCGUCUACACGUGUACAGCAGCGCUGCUCAUUUCUCCGAUGUCGCCGGGAAGGAAGCCGGGGAGGCCUGGAAGUCUAUCCUAAACUCAUUAUACGAGCUACUGGCGGCUUUGAUAAGGGGGAACAGGAAGAAUUGCGCUCAGUUUUCCGGCUCCUUGGAUUGGCUGAUCAGCAGGCUGGAGAGGCUGGAGGCCUCAUCUGGGAUUCUGGAGGUUUUGCACUGCGUUCUUGUGGAAAGUCCAGAGGCCCUCAACAUCAUCAAAGAGGGCCACAUUAAGUCUAUCAUCUCCCUCCUGGACAAGCACGGGCGGAAUCACAAGGUCCUGGACGUUCUCUGCUCCUUGUGUGUGUGUCACGGCGUGGCGGUGCGGUCCAACCAGCAUCUUAUCUGUGACAACCUGCUGCCAGGACGGGACCUGCUCCUCCAGACACGGCUGGUGAACCACGUCAGCAGCAUGCGGCCAAACAUCUUCCUGGGCAUCAGCGAAGGCUCCGCCCAGUACAGGAAGUGGUACUACGAGCUCAUUGUGGACCAGGUGGAGACCUUCGUCACGGCAGAGCCCACCCACCUGCGCGUCGGCUGGGCGACCACCGACGGGUACUCCCCCUACCCCGGGGGCGGAGAGGGCUGGGGGGGCAACGGCGUGGGCGACGACCUCUACUCCUACAGCUUCGACGGGCUUCACCUCUGGUCAGGCUGCAUCGCGCGCACGGUGAGCUCGCCCAACCAGCACCUCCUCCGGGCCGACGACGUGGUCAGCUGCUGCCUGGACCUCAGCGCCCCCAGCAUCUCCUUCCGCAUCAACGGGCAGCCCGUCCAGGGCAUGUUCGAGAACUUCAACUCCGACGGGCUCUUCUUCCCCGUCACCAGCUUCUCGGCGGGGGUGAAAGUGCGCUUCCUGUUGGGCGGGCGGCACGGAGAGUUCAAGUUUCUCCCGCCCCCGGGGUACGCCCCUUGCUUCGAGGCGGUGCUGCCUCGGGAGAAGCUGAGGGUGGAACACAGCCAGGAGUACAAGCAGGACCACGGUGGGAUGCGCGACCUGCUAGGCCCGACCGUGUCCCUCACGCAAGCGGCCUUCACCCCCACGCCCGUGGACACCAGCCAGAUCGUUCUGCCCCCUCACUUGGAGCGGAUCCGGGAGAAGUUGGCCGAGAACAUCCACGAGCUCUGGGUCAUGAAUAAGAUUGAACUUGGCUGGACGUACGGGACUGUGCGAGAUGACAACAAGAGACAGCACCCCUGCCUGGUGGAGUUCUCCAAGCUUCCAGAACAAGAGCGCAGUUACAACCUGCAGAUGUCACUGGAAACCCUGAAGACUCUCCUGGCCCUGGGUUGCCAUGUCGGUGUGUCUGACGAGCAUGCAGAAGAGAAGGUGAAAAAUCUGAAGCUGUCCCCCAUGUAUGAGCUGUCGAGUGGCUACAAGCCCGCCCCCAUGGACCUGGGCCACAUCAAGCUGGCCUCCACGCAGGAGGCCAUGGUGGACAAGCUGGCGGAGAAUGCCCACAACGUGUGGGCCAGGGACCGCAUCCGGCAGGGCUGGACCUACGGCAUCCAGCAGGACGUGAAGAACCGGAGAAACCCUCGCCUGGUUCCGUACGCCCUGCUGGAUGAGAGGACCAAAAAGUCCAACAAGGACAGCCUGAGAGAGGCGGUACGCACCCUCCUGGGGUACGGGUACAAUCUGGAGGCCCCGGACCAGGAUCACGCCGCGAGGUCUGACAUCAGCAACCUGCUGGCCGAGCGGUUCCGGAUCUUCCGUGCGGAGAAGACGUACAGUGUGAACGCCGGGAAGUGGUACUUUGAGUUUGAGGUGGUGACGGCGGGGGAGAUGAGGGUCGGGUGGGCCAGGCCUGGCUGCCUGCCUGACCAGGAGCUGGGAUCCGACGAGCAGGCUUUUGUUUUUGAUGGCUUCAAGGCGCAGCGUUGGCACCAGGGGAACGAGCACUUCGGCCGGUCCUGGCAGCAGGGCGACGUGGUGGGCUGCAUGGUGGACAUGAACGAGCACACCAUCAUGUUCACCCUCAACGGCGAGGUUCUCCUCGACGACUCGGGCUCUGAGCUGGCCUUCAAGGACUUUGAGGUUUGGGAAGGAUUCAUUCCGGUGUGCAGCGUGGGUGUGAGUCAGGUGGGCAGGAUGAACUUCGGGAAGGACGUCAGCACACUCAAGUAUUUCACGAUCUGCGGCCUGCAGGAGGGCUACGAGCCGUUCGCGGUCAAUAUGAACCGCGACUUGACCAUGUGGCUGAGUAAGAGGCUGCCACAGUUCAUCCCUGUCCCACCCAACUACGAGCACAUCGAGGUUAUGAGGAUCGAUGGGACAGUUGAGAGCUCGCCGUGUUUGAAGGUCAUGCAGAGGUCAUUCGGGUCUCAGAACAGCAACACCGACAUCGCGUUCUACCGCCUGAGCAUGCCCAUCGAGUGCGUGGAGAGUUUCUCCAAAUCCCCGGGGGGCACUCUGCCAUCCAACGGCAGCUUCUUCUCGCCAAAGAAAGAGCUGGAGGACUUUGAGACGGUCUCCGACUUUGAGGUCCUCAUGAAAACUGCUCAUGGACACUUGGGUUCCAACGGCCCAGAGAAAGACAAGGACGAGUUUAACAACCACAAGGACUACAACCAAGAGAAGCCUUUUAAACUCAAACAAAGGUUCAUGAUGAAGCGGACCAAGACUGACUUCAGCACCAGUCACUCAUCUGCCCGCCUGUCAGAGGAAGUGCUGGCUGACGAGAGGGACGACUAUGAGUACCUGAUGCAGACCUCCACGUACUAUUAUUCGGUGAGGAUCUUCCCUGGCCAGGAGCCCUCCAGCGUGUGGGUGGGCUGGGUAACAUCUGAUUUCCACCAAUACGACACAGCCUUCGAGCUGGAGAAGGUCCGCACUGUGACCGUCACUCUGGGGGACGAGAAGGGAAAGGUGCACGAGAGCAUCAAGCGAAGUAACUGCUAUAUGGUGUGGGCGGGAGAGAGCACCAGCCCAGGACAGGGCCGAAACAACAACGGGCUGGAGAUCGGCUGCCUGGUGGACACCGCCAACGGGCUGCUGACCUUCACCGCCAAUGGCAAGGAACUCAGCACCUACUACCAGGUUGAGCCCAGCACCAAGCUGUUCCCUGCAGUUUUCGCACAGGCCACCAGCCCCAACGUGUUUCAGUUCGAACUGGGACGGAUAAAGAACGUGAUGCCCCUAUCGGCGGGCCUGUUCAAGAGCGAGCGGAAGAACCCCAUGCCCCAGUGCCCGCCCCGGCUGCACGUCCAGUUCCUCACGCCCGUCCUGUGGAGCCGGGUGCCCAACCACUUCCCCAAGGUGGAGACGUCCCGCAUUAACGAUCGGCACGGCUGGCUGGUGCACUGCUCUGAGCCGCUGCAGUUCAUGUCCCUGCACAUCCCCGAGGAGAACAGGUCAGUGGAUAUCCUGGAGCUAACAGAGCAGACAGACCUGCUGAAGUUCCACUACCACACCCUGAGGCUGUACUCAGCCGUCUGCGCCCUGGGCAACAACCGCGUGGCGCACGCCCUCUGCAGCCACGUGGACGAGGCGCAGCUGCUCUACGCCAUUGAGAACAAGUACAUGCCGGGCCUGCUGCGGACAGGCUACUACGACCUGCUCAUCGACAUCCACCUCAGCACCUACGCCACGGCCCGCCUCAUGAUGAACAACGAGUACAUCGUGCCCAUGACGGACGAGACCAAGAGCAUCACGCUCUUCCCCGACGAGAAGAAGAAGCACGGCCUGCCGGGAAUCGGCCUCAGCACCUCCCUCCGUCCCAGGAUGCACUUCUCCUCGCCCAGCUUCGUCAGCGUGGGCGGCGACUUCUUCCAGUACAGCCCCGAGUUCCCGCUGGACAUCCUGAAGACCAAGACCAUCGAGAUGCUGACGGAGGCCGUGCGGGAGGGCAGCCUGCACGUGCGCGACCCCAUAGGGGGCAGCACCGAGUUCCUGUUCGUGCCUCUCAUUAAGCUGUUCUACACCUUGCUCAUCAUGGGCGUCUUCCACAACGGCGACCUCAAGAACAUCCUGCAGCUCAUCGAGCCCAGCGUCUUCUCGGAGGACUCGGGGCACGAACGAGCCGACGCGCCCGACGGAAACGGCUUCAAGGGCGAGCUCCGGAUAGAGGGAGCGGGGGGAGAGGAUGUGGGGAGGGCGGGCAACGUCCCCAAAGAGGGACUGCUCCAGAUGAAGCUCCCCGAGCCGGUCAAGCUGCAAAUGUGCCAUCUGCUUCAGUACCUGUGUGACUGCCAGGUGAGGCAUAGGAUCGAGGCGGUGGUGGCCUUCUCCGACGACUUUGUGGCCAACCUCCAGGACAACCAGCGCUUCCGCUACAACGAGGUGAUGCAGGCGCUCAACAUGUCCGCCGCGCUGACCGCUAGGAAGACCAAAGAGUUCCGAUCGCCACCACAGGAACAGAUCAACAUGCUGCUGAGCUUUAAGGAUGAGAAGCAGGACUGCCCGUGUCCGGAGGACAUCAGAGAACAGCUUCUGGACUUCCAUGAGGACUUAAUGACCCACUGUGGAAUUGAGAUUGAUGAUGACAAGGCAAAUGAAGCAGAUGGGGAUUUCACCAUCAGAGGUCGUCUCCUGUCCCUCGUCGAAAAAGUGGCCUACUUGAAGAAGAAAAUGGCGGACUUGCCAAAGAAAAAAAAGUCGAAGAAGCCCACCACUUUACAGCAUCUGAUCUCUGAGACCAUGGUGCGCUGGGCCCAGGAGUCCGUGAUCGAGGACCCGGAGCUGGUCCGGGCCAUGUUCGUCCUGCUCCACCGGCAGUACGACGGCAUCGGGGGGCAAGUCCGCGCCCUGCCCAAGACCUACACCAUCAACUCCGUGUCCGUGGAGGACACCAUCAACCUGCUGGCGUCCCUUGGCCAGAUCCGCUCCCUGCUGAGCGUACGCAUGGGCCGGGAGGAGGAGAAGCUGAUGAUCCGAGGCCUGGGAGACAUUAUGAACAAUAAAGUUUUCUACCAGCACCCAAACUUGAUGAGGGCACUGGGCAUGCACGAAACCGUCAUGGAGGUGAUGGUGAAUGUUCUGGGAGGAGGAGAAUCAAAGGAAAUCACAUUUCCUAAGAUGGUGGCCAACUGCUGUCGUUUUCUUUGCUACUUCUGUCGCAUCAGUAGACAAAACCAAAAAGCCAUGUUCGAUCACCUCAGUUACCUGCUGGAAAACAGCAGCGUCGGCCUUGCGUCUCCCUCCAUGAGGGGUUCCACUCCCCUGGACGUGGCCGCUGCCUCUGUGAUGGAUAACAAUGAGCUGGCCCUGGCCCUCCGGGAGCCAGACCUGGAGAAAGUGGUGCAGUACCUAGCAGGCUGUGGUCUGCAAAGCUGCCUUAUGCUUGUGUCUAAGGGCUACCCUGAUAUUGGCUGGAACCCUGUAGAAGGGGAACGCUAUUUAGAUUUCCUCCGCUUUGCUGUGUUCUGCAAUGGGGAAAGUGUGGAGGAAAAUGCCAAUGUGGUGGUGAGGCUGUUGAUUCGCCGGCCAGAGUGCUUUGGCCCCGCCCUUAGGGGCGAAGGAGGAAAUGGCUUACUGGCAGCCAUGGAGGAGGCCAUCAAGAUCUCGGAGGACCCGAGCAGGGAUGGCCCCUCCCCCACCUCCGAGUCCAGCAGGACCCUCGACAUAGUGGAUGAUGAAGAGGAUGACACUAUCCAUAUGGGAAAUGCCAUCAUGACCUUCUAUGCUGCUCUCAUAGACCUGCUGGGGCGCUGUGCCCCGGAGAUGCAUCUGAUCCACGCUGGAAAGGGCGAGGCCAUCCGGAUCAGGGCCAUCCUGCGCUCUCUGAUCCCGAUCGAAGACCUGGAGGGGGUGAUCAGCAUACCCUUCCCAAUGCCCACCCUAGCCAAAGAUGGGACAGUAGUGGAGCCUGAUAUGUCGGCGGGCUUCUGUCCGGAUCACAAGGCCGCCAUGGUGCUGUUCCUGGACCGAGUGUAUGGCAUCGAGGACCAGAACUUCCUGCUGCACCUCCUGGAGGUGGGCUUCCUGCCGGACCUCCGGGCGGCCGCUUCGCUGGACACGGCUGCACUGAGCGCCACAGAUAUGGCUCUGGCUCUGAACCGCUACCUGUGCACCGCCGUGCUACCCCUCCUGACCAAAUGUGCCCCCCUGUUUGCUGGCACGGAGCCCUACGCCUCGCUCAUCGACUCCCUGCUCCACACCGUGUACCGCCUGUCCAAAGGGUGCUGUCUGACCAAGGCCCAGCGAGACGCCAUUGAAGAGUGCCUGCUGGCCGUGUGCGGUAAACUGAGACCCUCCAUGAUGCAGCACCUGCUCAGAAGGCUGGUGUUUGAUGUCCCUCUUCUCAACGAGCACACAAAAAUGCCACUGAAGUUGCUGACCAAUCACUACGAGCGUUGCUGGAAGUACUACUGCCUGUCUGGUGGCUGGGGGAGUUUUGGAGCCGCUUCGGAUGAGGAGCUGCACUUGUCCAGAAAACUCUUCUGGGGAAUAUUCGACGCCUUGUCUCAGAAGAGGUAUGACCAGGAGCUGUUUAAGCUGGCCCUGCCCUGCCUGAGUGCAGUGGCAGGAGCGCUGCCCCCAGACUACAUGGAGUCCAACUAUGUGGCCAUGAUGGAGAAGCAGUCCUCCAUGGACGCCGAGGGCAACUUCAACCCCCAGCCUGUCGACACCUCAAAUGUGACUGUUCCUGAGAAGCUGGAUUAUUUCAUCAAUAAAUACGCCGAACACUCUCACGAGAAGUGGUCCACAGACAAGUUUGCUAAUGGCUGGGUUCACGGGGAUCAGCUGUGUGAGGCCUCCAAAGUGCAUCCUCUCCUCAAACCUUACAAAGGCCUGUCUGAGAAGGACAAGGAAGUGUACCGGUGGCCCAUUAAAGAGUCUCUGAAGACCAUGUUGGCCUGGGGGUGGAGCAUCGAGAGGACGAGAGAGGGAGACCCAGCGGGACUGCACAACCGCGCCCGCCGAAUUUCUCAGUCCAGUCAGCUGUCCAUCGAAGGCACACAUGGCUUCAGCCCUCGACCGAUCGACAUGAGCAACGUCACCCUGUCCAGGGACCUGCACUCAAUGGCCGAGCUGCUUGCCGAGAACUAUCAUAAUAUUUGGGCAAAGAAGAAAAAGAUAGAGCUGGAAGCCAAAGGAGGAGGGAGCCAUCCAUUAUUGGUGCCCUAUGACACUCUUACUGCCAAAGAGAAAUCCAGAGAUCGAGAAAAAGCACAAGAUAUCCUCAAGUUCUUUCAGAUCAAUGGCUACGCCGUCUCAAGGGCUAUGAAAGAGCAGGAGCUGGAUACCCCCUCCAUAGAGAAACGCUUCGCCUACACCUUCCUCCAGCAGCUCAUCGCCUAUGUAGACGAGGCACACAAACACAUGAUGGAGUUUGAUGUAGGCACAUGGGGCAAAGGAGAGAAGAUUCCUCAUGAGCAGCAAAUGAAGUUUUUUGGGAAGGUGGUCCUGCCCUUAGUGGAUCAGUAUUUCAAGAAUCACCGCCUCUACUUCCUGUCUACCGCAAUACGGCCCCUCAGUAGCGGAGGCCACGCCUCCAACAAGGAGAAGGAGAUGAUCACCAGCCUGUUCUGCAAACUCGGAGUACUUGUCAGACAUAGGAUAUCACUGUUUGGAAAUGAUUCUACCUCAAUCGUCAACUGUCUUCAUAUCCUGGGCCAGACUCUGGAUGCAAGGACGGUGAUGAAGACCGGCUUGGACACAGUGAAAGCAGCAUUGAGGGCCUUCUUCGACAACGCCGCGGAGGACUUGGAGAAGACCCUGGAGAACCUGAAGCAGGGCCAGUUCACACACACCAAGACCCAGCCCAAGGGGGUGACCCAAAUCAUCAACUACACUACAGUGGCCCUUCUUCCCGUACUCUCUUCUCUCUUCGAGCACAUUGGGCAGAACCUCUUCGGCGAAGACCUCAUACUGGAUGAUGUCCAGGUGUCCUGUUACAGGAUUCUCAACAGCCUCUACUCGCUUGGCACCAGCAAAAGCAUCUACGUUGAAAGGCAGCGUCCAGCACUGGGAGAAUGUCUGGCCGCAUUCUCUGGAGCUUUUCCUGUUUCAUUUUUGGAGCCACACCUGAACAAGUACAACACCUACUCCAUCUACAACACCAAAGGUUCCCGCGACAGAGCAGCGCUGGGUCUCCCAGCCCAGGUGGAGGACAUGUCCCCUCUCAUCCCGUCCCUGGAGAAGUCCCUGGAGGAGAUCAUGGAGUUGGCUGAGUCGGGCAUGCGCUACACCCAGAUGCCCCACGUGAUGGAGGUGGUGCUGCCCAUGUUGUGCAGCUACAUGUCGCACUGGUGGGAGCACGGGCCAGAGAACAACCCUGAGCGGGCCGACAAGUGCUGCACAUCGCUCACCUCCGAGCACAUGAACACACUCCUGGGCAACAUCCUCAAGAUCAUCUACAACAACCUGGGCAUUGACGAGGGCGCCUGGAUGAAGCGCCUGGCAGUGUUCUCUCAGCCGAUCAUCAGCAAGGCGAAGCCGCAGCUGCUGAAGACGCACUUCCUGCCGCUGAUGGAGAAGCUGAAGAAGAAGGCGGCGACCGUUCUGCUGGACGAGGAGCACAUGAAGGCUGAGGGCCGGGGGGAGAUGUCUGAGGCCGAACUUCUGAUUCUGGACGAGUUCACCAUCCUGGUGCGCGACCUGUACGCCUUCUACCCGCUCCUCAUCCGAUUUGUCGACUACAACAGAGCGAAAUGGCUCAAGGAACCCAACCCAGAGGCAGAGGAACUGUUCCGCAUGGUGGCAGAAGUUUUCAUAUUCUGGGCCAAAUCUCAUAAUUUCAAAAGGGAGGAGCAGAACUUUGUGGUCCAGAACGAAAUCAACAACAUGUCCUUCUUGAUCACCGAUACCAAGUCCAAAAUGUCGAAGGGAGCCAUGUCUGACCAAGAGAGGAAAAAGAUGAAGAGGAAGGGGGACCGCUACUCCAUGCAGACCUCCCUGAUCGUUGCUGCCCUGAAGAGGCUGCUUCCUGUGGGCCUGAACAUCUGCGCCCCCGGGGACCAGGAGCUCAUCGCCCUGGCCAAGAACCGCUUCACCCAGAAAGACACAGAGGAUGAGGUUCGGGAGAUCAUCCGCAAUAACCUUCACCUGCAGGGCAAGCUGGAGGACCCUGCCAUUCGAUGGCAGAUGGCCCUGUACAAAGACCUGCCCAACAGGAGCGAGGACACCUCAGACCCAGAGAAAACGGUGGAGAGAGUCUUAGACAUCGCCCACGUGCUGUUCCAUCUGGACCAGGUUGAACACCCCCAGAGGAGUAAGAAGGCGGUGUGGCAUAAGCUUCUCUCCAAACAGAGGAAAAGGGCUGUUGUAGCCUGUUUUAGGAUGGCUCCCCUGUAUAACUUACCCAGGCACCGAGCUGUCAACCUCUUCCUGCAGGGAUACGAGAAGUCGUGGAUCGAAACGGAGGAGCAUUACUUCGAAGAUAAGCUAAUAGAGGAUUUGGCUAAACCGGGAGGUGAGGAGCCGUCGGAAGAGGACGAGGGAGCCAAGCGGAUCGAUCCUCUCCACCAGCUUAUCCAGCUCUUCAGCAGAACCGCCCUGACGGAGAAGUGUAACCUGGAGGAAGACAACCUGUACAUGGCCUAUGCUGACAUCAUGGCAAAGAGCUGCCACGAUGAAGAGGAUGAGGAUGGGGAAGAGGUGAAGAGCUUUGAAGAGAAAGAGAUGGAGAAACAGAAGCUGCUGUACCAGCAGGCCAGGCUUCACGAUCGGGGCGCAGCGGAGAUGGUGCUACAGACCAUCAGUGCUAGCAAAGGUGAAAUGGGACCAAUGGUGGCAUCCACGCUGAAGCUGGGUAUCGCUGUGCUGAAUGGUGGAAACUCCACUGUGCAGCAGAAAAUGCUGGACUAUCUGAAAGACAAGAAGGAUGUGGGUUUCUUCCAGAGUCUGGCAGGGCUCAUGCUGUCCUGCAGCGUGCUCGACCUCAACGCCUUCGAGAGGCAGAACAAAGCCGAGGGGCUGGGCAUGGUGACGGAGGAGGGCUCAGGGGAGAAGGUGAUGCAGGAUGAUGAGUUUACCUGUGACCUGUUUCGCUUCCUGCAACUAUUGUGUGAAGGACACAAUUCGGAUUUUCAGAAUUACCUGAGAACACAGACGGGAAAUAACACGACUGUCAACAUCAUCAUUUCAACCGUUGACUACCUUCUCCGAGUUCAGGAAUCAAUCAGUGAUUUCUACUGGUAUUACUCUGGAAAGGAUGUCAUCGAUGAACAAGGACAGCGCAAUUUCUCCAAGGCAAUCAAUGUGGCCAAGCAGGUCUUCAACACCCUCACAGAGUACAUACAGGGUCCAUGCACUGGGAAUCAGCAGAGCCUGGCUCAUAGCCGGCUGUGGGAUGCUGUGGUAGGGUUCCUCCAUGUCUUCGCACACAUGCAGAUGAAGCUUUCACAGGAUUCUAGUCAAAUUGACUUAUUGAAAGAGCUCAUGGAUCUUCAGAAGGACAUGGUUGUAAUGCUGCUGUCCAUGUUGGAAGGAAAUGUGGUAAAUGGAACUAUUGGUAAGCAGAUGGUUGACAUGCUGGUAGAAUCCUCAAACAAUGUGGAGAUGAUUCUGAAAUUCUUUGACAUGUUCCUCAAACUGAAAGACUUGACAUCAUCAGAUGCCUUCAAGGAGUAUGACCCUGAUGGGAAGGGGGUGAUCUCAAAGAGAGACUUCCACAAAGCCAUGGAGAGCCACAAACAUUACACUCAAUCCGAGACCGAGUUCCUGCUCUCCUGUGCAGAGACGGAUGAAAACGAACUCUUGGACUAUGAGGAAUUCGUAGAACGCUUCCACGAACCAGCCAAAGACAUUGGCUUCAAUGUGGCUGUCUUAUUGACUAACCUGUCUGAGCACAUGCCUCACGACACACGGCUCCAGACCUUCCUGGAGUUGGCGGAGAGUGUGCUCAACUACUUCCAGCCUUACUUAGGUCGUAUCGAGAUCAUGGGUAGUGCCAAACGCAUUGAGCGGGUCUACUUUGAGAUCAGCGAGUCCAGCCGCACUCAGUGGGAGAAGCCGCAGGUCAAGGAGUCCAAGCGGCAGUUCAUCUUCGACGUGGUCAACGAGGGCGGCGAGAAGGAGAAGAUGGAGCUCUUCGUCAACUUCUGUGAGGACACCAUCUUCGAGAUGCAGCUGGCGGCCCAGAUGUCCGACAUCGGGGAGCGAUCAGCCAGCAAGGAGGAGAGCGAGAAGGAGAAACCAGAGGAAGAGAACCCUGAGAUGGGCUUCUUCUCGGUGACCACAGUAAGGACAGCCCUCCUCGCCCUCCGCUAUAAUGUGAUGAUGCUGAUGAAGGUGCUUUCCAUGAAAAGCCUUAAGAAGCAGAUGAAGAAGAUGAAGAAGAUGACGGUGAAGGACAUGGUGACCACCCUCAUCGCCUUCUACUGGAGCCUGCUGAUGGGUCUCCUCCACUUUGCCUUUAGCGUGUCGCGUGGCUUCUUCCGCAUUGUCUACAGCACUUUCCUGGGUGGCAGCCUGGUCGAGGGGGCCAAGACCAUGAAGGUGGCCGACCUGCUGGCCAACAUGCCCGACCCCACCCAGGACGAGGUCCGCGGGGAGGGGGAGGAGGCCGAAAAGAGGCAUUCGGACAAGGCCUCAGCCGAGGAGGACCUGGCGGAUUUGGCGGUCAAUAUUGAGGACACCGACCUUCUGUCAGACAUUUUCGGGCUUGACCUGAGGAGGGAAGGGGGACAGUACAAAUUGAUGCCUCACAACCCCAACGCCAGCCUAGCGGAUUUGCUCAACAGCCCCGUGCCCCCUCCGCCGACUCCCUCACCUGAGCUCCGUAGACGGCAUCAGGGGCAAGGGUCCACAGAGGAAGACCGAGAAGGAAAAGAAGAAAGCCAGUCUGAACCAGAAAAGGCAGAGGGCGAGAAUGGAGAAAAAGAUGUUAAGCCAAAGGAUGAGAAGCCAAAACAGAAAGUCAGACAGCACCACACCUCCAAAUCUGAAGAGCCAGAGCUACAGGAGUCUGCCUUCUGGAAGAAAAUCAUCGCUUAUCAGAGGAAGCUGCUUAAUUAUUUUGCCCGGAAUUUCUACAACAUGAGAAUGCUGGCUUUGUUUGUUGCCUUUGCAAUCAACUUCAUCCUGCUCUUCUACAAGGUGUCCACGUCGUCGGCGGUGGUGGAGGAGAAGGAGGUGGUGUACGCGGGGCCAUCAGACACCAGCGUGAGGUGGAGCCCGGUGGAGGGCGUGCCCCACCGCACUGUGACGGUGCACUUUGUCCUGGAGGAGAGCAGUGGCUACAUGGAGCCCACCCUCCGCAUCCUGGCCAUCUUACACACUGUCAUAUCCUUCUUCUGCAUCAUAGGGUACUACUGCCUAAAGGUCCCGUUGGUGAUAUUUAAACGCGAGAAGGAGGUAGCCAGGAAGUUGGAGUUCGACGGACUCUAUAUAACGGAACAGCCGUCAGAAGAUGACAUUAAAGGGCAAUGGGACAGGCUUGUAAUUAACACACAGUCAUUCCCAAAUAAUUACUGGGACAAAUUUGUGAAAAGGAAGGUGAUGGAUAAAUAUGGGGAGUUCUACGGACAUGACCGUAUCAGCGAGCUACUGGGGAUGGACAAGGCUGCCCUGGACUUCAGCGACGCACACGAGAAGAAGAAACCCAAGAAAGACAGCUCAUUAGUUGCCGUAUUGAACUCCGUCGAUGUUAAGUAUCAAAUCUGGAAAUUGGGAGUGGUCUUCACAGACAACUCCUUCCUCUACCUGGCCUGGUACAUGACCAUGUCCAUCCUGGGGCACUACAAUAACUUCUUCUUUGCUGCUCACCUGCUGGACAUCGCCAUGGGGUUUAAGACCCUGCGCACCAUCCUGUCCUCGGUCACCCACAACGGCAAGCAGCUGGUUCUGACGGUGGGACUACUGGCCGUGGUGGUAUACCUGUACACUGUGGUGGCCUUCAACUUUUUCCGCAAAUUCUACAACAAGAGCGAGGACGGAGAAUCUCCAGACAUGAAGUGUGACGACAUGCUCACUUGCUACAUGUUCCACAUGUACGUAGGCGUGCGAGCCGGAGGGGGCAUCGGUGACCAGAUCGAGGAUCCGGCGGGAGACGAGUACGAGAUUUACCGGAUCAUCUUCGACAUCACGUUCUUCUUCUUCGUCAUCGUCAUUCUGCUUGCCAUCAUUCAGGGUUUAAUAAUUGAUGCCUUUGGUGAGCUACGUGACCAGCAAGAGCAAGUGAAAGAGGACAUGGAGACCAAAUGUUUCAUCUGCGGUAUCGGGAACGACUAUUUCGACACGGUCCCCCACGGCUUCGAGACGCACACACUGCAGGAGCACAACUUGGCGAACUAUCUAUUUUUUGUGAUGUAUCUCAUUAACAAAGAUGAAACAGAGCACACAGGCCAGGAGUCUUACGUCUGGAAGAUGUACCAGGAGCGCUGUUGGGAAUUCUUUCCAGCCGGAGACUGUUUCCGCAAACAAUAUGAAGACCAGCUCAACUGAACAGUUUUUGGUCCUUCCCUACAACGUGAUCAUUAAGGGCCAGACACCUUUGAACUACUUCAUUUGGAAUGCUUUUCAGACUUUGUACAUAUAUUAUACACUGUAUAUGGUUCCCUGUGUGCUUUUUGGAGCACAACGAUUGUGUUUUGAUGACUUAACUGCUUCAUCUUUACAUUUGCUUUGAAAAACCCAUCGAAAAGCGAAAGACAUAAAUACAAGAAGAAAAAAAAAAACUGACAUAAAAAGAGCAAAAAAAUCUCAUAUUGAUUUGAAAACUGUUUCUGGAGACUCAUGGGAAAUGUUUCUUUCGAGAGCACAUGUAUAAAAAAGGCAAUUAUCUUGCUCAUCCUAAGCCUCUUUAUUUCUUCAUAAGAAUGGAGAUUGUAUAUGGGAGGGUGUACACAGGGGUCUGUGGAGCGUGGGGCAAGGGCAACGAUGGGGAAACAGUGCCUUAUUAAGCAUGGGUUGAGCUAUGCAAGAGAAGAUGACAGCAUGACUACAUCACUGGUCUGCUCAUUGGCUGAUGUGUAGUCCUGUCCAGUACGUUGACUUGUCUUGGUGUCUGUGUAUGUAUGUGUGCGCGUGUGCGUGUGUGUGUCUGUGUGUGAGAGAAAAAGGGAGAGAGAGCGAGAGAGAGAGAGAGAGAGAGAGAGAGGGAGCAUACUGUUUGUGCGCCUCAGAACAAAUGUUGGGUAUUCAUAUCAAGCUCAAUCACCUCGCACCUCGAUUAUUUCGCUGUUGUUUUCCUUUGUUUUUUUAUUUUGGUAAUGCUCUUAUGCAAUACAGCAACAGAGUUAAUCUUUGUAUACAAUGAAAUCAAAUCUUUACUCUUUGAAGAAGAAGAUGUGUCAUUGCAUGUUUAUUAUGCAAGUUUAACAAGAACCGUUAAAAAAAAUAAUAAAGACGCAAGUUGAUCGAUGUCACAUAAAAAAAAGAAGAUGUUUUAUAGGUUUAAGAUUACCGAUAUCUCUAUAGUAUUAAAGUGUUGUGGGCUUUAUUGUAAAUUCCAAAAUCAAUGUCAUCAGCCAAGAAUGCAUACUGAUAUAUACGAUUUGAUUAUAGGCUUCACCCAUCAUCUGUGUUACUGUAGGUAAGGAUACUUUGUUGACUCAUUUUGAUUGAAGCUGAAGCAAUACCCAUUCAGGGAUUCCAUGGAACAUCAUUGUAAAGCAACAAUGUGUAGAAUACUCCAUUUUGUUUCCAGUUGUUUCUGACUGAAAUGCCAAUCUUUGCAAAUAAAACCUUCAGAAUAAAAAGGUUUGGUGCAGUUAGUGCCACUAGCCCUAUCUGGAAGUAGGAUAUGUAUUUUAUGAUAAAUUAUUAUUGUAAUAUAAUUUAACCAUUGGUUUAUAAUUGCACACAUCUGCCAUCAAGCCAUAGCACAUUGUCCUAUUCUUGCCAUAGACAGCAGACCUGCUUUCCUUCUUGUAAUACUACAAUGUGACAUAACUGCAAUAACAACAGAUGGGCAGCCAAUUUAGAUUAAAAGUGGUAUUUUACUUAUGUAAAGAAUUUUGAUAACAAUGGUCACAAUGCCAUGGAACAUAAUAUAUCACAAAGUAGUGUGCCGUGCUGAGUUGUGAGUAUACAAUUGUGUGUAAACUGUAAAAAGGAAUUAAGACAACAUGGAUUUGCAUGAUUUUCAAAAAUAAAUGAUUAUUUAUUGAA